GCCGGAUGCGUGCUCAGUACGUUCGAUUAGGCGGUCCGGACCGGCACUCCAGGGUGUCGUUUUGCGUUUGUGGUUGGCUUACGCAGCAGUGGUGUGAUGAAAAGACGAGCCUCCUUUAAGAAAGGGUGAAAGAAAUUGUGCGACUAUACCUCAACAUUUGCAACUGUUGGUGCAAAGGUGCUGGUGUUAUUGUGCAAUGCGAUAAGCACUCUAGACACAACGGAAGCAGCAUCUCACUAAAACCCGGGUACUACCACUUCAAGACGUACAAGAACGUUCCAUCCCGCAAAUACCACAAUGCAGCGCACAAUCGUUCUGAGCAGGCAGCAGCUGCGGCAGGGCUACAGCCGCAUCGGCGGUCUGCUGGCACCCCGGUUGGCCACCGCCAGCCUGCAGCUCCAGCGCUAUCUUGCCACGGUGGAGGAGCUGUUCCCGAACAAGCCGGACUUUGCCUCGCGCCACAUUGGGCCGCGCAAAACUGACGUCGUUACCAUGCUGAACUCGAUCGGAUUCAAGUCGCUGGAUGAGCUGUCCGAGAAGGCCGUCCCGGAUGCAAUCAAAUUCAAGCGCAUCCUCAACAUCGAAGACCCCUUGAACGAGCACGAGCUGAUCGAACGGAUCCAGCGAAUUAGCGACCAAAAUGAGAUCUGGCGCUCGUACAUCGGCAUGGGCUACCACAACUGCCUGGUGCCGCACCCGAUACUGCGCAACGUGUUCGAGAACCCGGGCUGGACGACGCAGUACACGCCGUACCAGCCGGAGAUUAGCCAGGGCCGGCUCGAGUCGCUGCUCAACUUCCAGACGCUCGUCACCGACCUGACCGGGCUGGAGAUCGCGAACGCCUCCCUGCUCGACGAGGGUACGGCUGCGGCCGAAGCGAUGAGUCUCUGCUUCCGCCACAACAAGCGCCGCAAGGUGUUCCUAUCGCGCAAGCUGCACCCGCAGACUGUUGCGGUGGUAAAGACGCGCCUGGAAGCGUUCGGCAUCGAGGUCGUGUUCGGCUCGGUGAAGGAGAUCGACUUCGGCGACCAUGAAAUCUCGGGCGUGCUGAUGCAGUACCCGGACACGUUCGGCGACGUGCAGGACUUUGAGCAGGUGUCGAAGGACUGCAAGAAGAACGGUACGCUCGUGGUGGUGGCGACCGAUCUGCUCGCCCUCACGCUGCUCCGCCCGCCGGCCGAGUUCGGGGCGGACAUUGCGAUCGGGUCGGCCCAGCGGCUGGGCGUACCGCUCGGGUACGGUGGUCCGCAUGCGGCGUUCUUCGCCUGCCGCCAGAAGCUGACGCGCUUGAUACCGGGCCGCAUGAUUGGGGUGACGCGCGACAUGGACGGCGAGGAUGCGUACCGGUUGGCGCUGCAAACGCGCGAACAGCACAUCCGGCGGGAUAAGGCGACGAGCAACAUCUGCACCGCCCAGGCGCUGCUCGCCAACAUGGCCGCGAUGUACGCGAUCUACCACGGCCCCGAGGGGCUGAAGAACAUUGCCAACCGGGUGCACAACUGUGCGCUCACGCUGAACGCCGGGAUUGAGCGGGCGGGUCACCAGCAGCUGAACAAAGCGUUCUUCGACACGCUGCACGUGGUGCCCGGGGCCGGGGCGACGACGGCCGAGAUUAGGGGCCGGGCCGAGCAGAAGAAGAUCAAUCUGCGCUACUUCGAGGACGGUUCGAUCGGUGUGUCGAUGGACGAAACGGUCAAAACGUCCGACAUUGCCGAUCUGCUGUGGGUGUUUGGGUGUCCCGAUUUGGACAGUGCGGUGGCGGAUCCGCAAGCCACCGGGCGCACCAUCCACGGCACGCAGUUCCGACGCACGUCCCCGUUCCUGACGCACCCGGUGUUCAACAAGCACCACAGCGAGUCGCGCAUGGUGCGGUACAUGAAGCAGCUGGAGAACAAGGACAUCUCGCUCGUCCACUCGAUGAUACCGCUCGGCUCGUGCACGAUGAAGCUCAACUCGACCACCGAGAUGAUCCCGUGCUCGUUCCCGAAGUUCACCGAAAUCCACCCGUUUGCGCCGCGCGAACAGGCCCGCGGCUACAUGCAGAUGUUUGCCGAGCUGGAGAAGGACCUGUGCGAGAUCACCGGGUACGAUCGGAUCUCGUUCCAGCCGAACAGUGGGGCGCAGGGCGAGUACGCCGGGUUGCGCGCGAUCCGCAGCUAUCACGAGUCGCGCGGGGAGCAGAACCGCACCAUCUGUCUGAUUCCGGUCAGUGCGCACGGCACGAAUCCGGCCUCGGCCCAGAUGGCGGGCAUGAAGGUGGAAGCGAUCCGGGUGAACAGUGCGACCGGCGUGGUGGACAUGGAGCAUCUGAAGGAGAAGGUGGAGCAGCACUCGAACAAUCUUUCCUGCCUGAUGCUGACCUACCCCUCGACGAACGGCAUCUUCGAGGACAACGUGGUGGAGGUGUGCGAGCUGGUACACAGGCACGGCGGCCAGGUGUAUCUGGACGGGGCGAACAUGAACGCGCAGGUGGGUCUGUGCCGGCCGGGCGACUUCGGCAGCGAUGUGUCCCAUCUGAACCUGCACAAAACGUUCUGCAUUCCGCACGGCGGCGGUGGUCCCGGCAUGGGACCGAUCGGGGUGAAAGCUCACCUGGCGCCGUUCCUGCCGACGCACCCGGUCAUCGAUCCGCACCCGGAGAACGAUGGCCAGAGCUUCGGUGUGGUCAGUGCCGCGCCGUACGGUUCGUCGGCUAUUCUGCCCAUCUCGUGGUCGUACAUCAAGCUGAUGGGGGGCCGGGGGCUGCGCCGGGCGACGCAGGUCGCCAUCCUGAACGCGAACUACAUGUCCAAGCGGCUCGAGAACCACUACAAAACACUGUACACCGAUCCGAAGACGGGGCUGGUGGCGCACGAGUUCAUUAUCGAUGUGCGCGACUUCAAGAAGACGGCGAACGUGGAGGCGGUCGACAUUGCGAAGCGGCUGAUGGACUACGGGUUCCAUGCGCCGACCAUGUCCUGGCCGGUGUCCGGUACGCUCAUGGUCGAGCCGACCGAGUCGGAGGACAAGGAGGAGCUGGACCGGUUCUGCGAGGCCAUGAUUUCGAUCCGCAAGGAGAUCCGGGACAUCGAGGAGGGCCGGCUGGACGUGCGGGUGAACCCGCUCAAGAUGGCACCGCACACGCAGAAGCAAACCAUCUCGUCGGAGUGGAACCGGCCGUAUCCGCGGGAGCUCGGUGCAUUCCCAGCGCCUUUCGUCAAGCCGGAAACGAAAAUCUGGCCCACUGUUGGACGCAUCGAUGAUCUGUACGGCGACAAGCAUCUGGUCUGCACCUGUCCCCCGAUGGUGCCGGAUUACGAGUAAAGCGUUCCUUCGGUCCUCGUCUUCUCUGUAAAAAAACAAAAAAAACAUCCUCUACCCUGCACAAAAAUCAACCAUUAAAACAUAUUUAAGUACUGUACGGAA